AUGGGGCUCUGUUCGCUGUCAAGAUCGUAUCGCAACGAUUCGCUACUCAGGCACAACGGGAGGCAAGGAUUCUUGAUAUUGUUAAAGGCAGAAGCUGCCGAUAUCAUGCGGCAAUUGGUCUCCGCAGUUGGUUUUCUACAUGCAAAACGAAUUGUUCAUCGAGAUCUGAAGCCCGAGAAUAUCCUGUUCGAAAGUGAAGAUUCGAGUGCUCGUCUACGACUGGUCGAUUUCGGUUUUGCGCGAUUGUUACCGGCAUGCGUUGAGCAACAGCUGAAGUCAGUCUAUCGGAAAAUGUACGCGCAAGCCCAGCCCACCCACCACGACACGCGACCGUAA